AUGCUGCCCAAAAAGCUCAAGACGGCUGGCUAUGCUACGCACCAAGUUGGCAAGUGGCAUCUCGGUCAAACACACGUUGGAAAUACACCGGUGGGCCACGGGUUUGAUUCUUCUUUUGGCUACUUGGGGGGUGCCGAGGAUCAUUGGAAUCACACCAACGGCGGCUGUGAUUGCGGCACAGCCUUUGACAUGUGGAACUCGACGGCACCGGCGUACUCUGUGGCCAAUGACGGCAUCUAUGGCGACGAGCAUUUUUGGCGCCAUGCCGAGCGCAUAAUCGAGGCUCACGACCCGGCACAGCCGCUUUUCAUGUAUAUCGCCCUCCAGACCAUGCAUGCGCCUCAAGAAGUACCCUCAGCGUACUCCACUUUGUACAACGGUACCGAGAACUUCAAUGUAGAACAGGGGAUGGCCACAUUCGCUGACGAGGUGUAUGGCAACGUGACUGCUGCUCUCAAGGCCAAAGGCAUGUGGGACAACCUCCUGCUGGUACUCAUACUUGUUGUGGACGAAAAGGUGUCUGGAUCCAUGGCCAACAACUAUCCUUUACGUGGAGGAAAACGCACAGCCUGGGAAGGUGGCAUGCGCGUCAACAGCUUUGUUCAGGGCGGACUACUGCCGCAAGCUGCGCUUGGAACCGAAAAGCAUGGCUACAUUCAUGUCGCAGAUUGGUAG